GCUGCCGUAGCAGAGAAGAGCAGUGAUUGGCCGAGGCAGAAAAGUGCCGCUGCCUCGGCGGUUUCGCUUUUGGCUGCGAUCAUCCGCGGAGGCCGGACUCGUGGGGCGCCUGGAGUGAGGGUUCUGGAUCCCGCCCGCGAGAUGAGGAACCUGGGGCCAUGAGAAGUGAAAUGAUGAGUUAUCCAAGUCACACAGCUAAUUAAGUAGCAGAGCUGGGAUUAGAACUCAGGUUUCCUGCCUCCCAAAUUUAGGAUUGUUAAAAUGAGUCUUCGGAAGCAAACCCCUAGUGACUUCUUAAAGCAAAUCAUCGGACGACCGGUUGUGGUAAAAUUAAAUUCUGGAGUGGAUUAUCGAGGGGUCCUGGCUUGCUUGGAUGGCUACAUGAAUAUAGCCCUGGAGCAGACAGAAGAAUAUGUAAAUGGACAACUGAAGAAUAAGUAUGGGGAUGCAUUUAUCCGAGGAAACAAUGUGUUGUACAUCAGUACACAGAAGAGACGGAUGUGAAGACACCAAAAGAGCAACGCUUUUCAUAGUUGGAUAUAUUUUUUUAUGAAUUUUUUCUAAUUUUUCCUUCUUUUGUGAUACAAUUUGUCCUGUUUUUAUAAUAGUUGGUGAUUUUUCACUGACAUGUAAGACAAAUGUACACAAUUGUGGAUUUAAUUGUGAAAUGUUCUGUCACAUUUAAGUUUCAGUCAUUAUACCUCGUUGUCAGUGUACAGAAUGCUAAAAGAAUUAAAAAAAGACAAAAUCUAUCUCUUCCUACAAGAUUCUUUAACUUAAGUUUCGAGGAGCGUCAUUUCAUUUGACUUGCUUUUCAUAUCCAGCUAAAGUGAUGCAAAUAUUUUAUAUAAUGUAUGGGCAUAUAAUUAAAACAUUUUAGAGGUA